GCGCGGGGCGCGGAGCAGCGCGGAGCGGCCGCCAUGGGCAACGCGGGCAGCGUGGACGCGCAGCAGACGGAGCUGAGGGCGCACGGCGUGCCCCUGAAGCUGCCCAUGCCCGAGCCCGGCGAGCUGGAGGAGCGCUUCGCCGUGGUGCUGAAUGCCAUGAACCUGCCCCCGGACAAAGCCCGGCUCCUGCGGCAGUACGACAACGAGAAGAAGUGGGAGCUCAUCUGUGACCAGGAAAGAUUCCAAGUGAAGAAUCCUCCACACACGUACAUCCAGAAGCUGAAGGGAUAUCUGGACCCAGCAGUGACCAGGAAGAAAUUCAGGAGACGAGUCCAGGAGUCGACUCAGGUGCUCCGAGAACUGGAAAUUUCCUUGAGGACGAACCACAUUGGGUGGGUCAGGGAGUUCCUGAACGAGGAGAACAAAGGCCUGGAUGUCCUGGUGGAAUACCUGAGCUUUGCCCAGUAUGCAGUCACGUUUGACUUCGAAAGCCUGGAGAACAGCGUGGAGAGCUCCAUGGACAAGUCCAAGCCCUGGAGCCGCUCCAUCGAGGACCUGCACAGGGGCAGCAAUCUGCCCUCUCCCGUGGGGAACAGCGUCUCCCGCUCCGGCCGGCACUCCACGCUGCGGUACAACACCCUGCCCAGCCGCAGGACCCUGAAGAACUCGCGGCUGGUGAGCAAGAAGGACGAUGUGCACGUGUGCAUCAUGUGCCUGCGGGCCAUCAUGAACUACCAGUACGGAUUCAACAUGGUCAUGUCCCAUCCUCACGCCGUCAACGAGAUUGCACUGAGCCUGAACAACAAGAACCCCAGGACAAAAGCUCUGGUCCUGGAGCUCCUGGCAGCCGUUUGCCUGGUCCGAGGGGGCCACGAGAUCAUUUUGUCUGCGUUUGAUAACUUCAAGGAGGUGUGCGGGGAGAAGCAGCGCUUCGAGAAGCUCAUGGAGCAUUUCCGGAACGAGGACAACAACAUUGACUUCAUGAAGCUGAAGCACACGGAGAGUGACAAGCUGCAGGUGCAGAUCCAGGCCUACCUGGACAACGUGUUCGACGUGGGGGCUCUGCUGGAGGACGCGGAGACCAAGAACGCAGCCCUGGAAAGGGUGGAAGAACUGGAAGAGAACCUUUCCCACUUAUCUGAAAAACUCCAGGAUACGGAGAACGAAGCCAUGGCCAAGAUUGUGGAACUGGAAAAGCAGCUGAUGCAAAGGAACAAAGAACUGGAUGUGAUCAGGGAGAUCUACAAGGACGCCAACAGCCAGGUUCACACCCUGAGGAAGAUGGUGAAGGAGAAGGAGGAAGCCAUCCAGCGCCAAUCCACGCUGGAGAAGAAGAUCCACGAGCUGGAGAAGCAGGGAACCAUCAAGAUCCAGAAGAAAGGGGAUGGGGACAUCUCCAUCCUUCCCGUGGCCCUGGCCUCCGGGAUGGUGCCAGCAGGAGCGGAGGCGGUGCCAGGGAGCUGUGCCACACCUGGAGCUGCCUCCUCAGUGCCACUGCCCCCACCUCCACCCCCCCUGCCUGCCCUGCCGGGCUCACCUGAGGCAGUGCCCAACGGCCCCGUGGCGGUGCCUGUGCCACCUCCACCACCUCCACCUCCUCCUCCUCCUCCUCCUCCUCCUCCUCCUCCUCUCCCGGACGCGGCUCCGGCUCCGCUGCCCCCUCCGCCGCCGCCCUCGGCUCCCCCCCUGCCCGGCUCCUCGCCCACCGUGGUCUUCAACUCUGGCCUGGCAGCUGUGAAGAUCAAGAAGCCCAUCAAGACCAAGUUCCGCAUGCCCGUGUUCAACUGGGUGGCCCUGAAGCCCAACCAGAUCAACGGCACCGUCUUCAACGAGAUCGACGACGAGCGCAUCCUCGAGGAUCUAAACGUGGAUGAAUUUGAGGAGAUAUUCAAAACGAAAGCCCAGGGCCCGGCCAUGGAUCUGACCUCCAGCAAGCAGAAGAUCCCUCAGAAAGGAUCCAGCAAGGUGACGCUGCUGGAUGCCAACAGAGCCAAGAACUUGGCCAUCACCCUGCGGAAAGCCGGGAAGACGGCGGACGAGAUCUGCAAAGCCAUCCACGUUGAGUGCACCAGAGCAACCCUGCCCCCGGCUCCCUGGGAAGUGCUUUGGAGUCGGCAGCCGAUGGAAAAAAUUCCAGGGGAAGGACGGAAUGCUGGUGAAUUCCCAGAAAUCAGAAUUUUGAUUUGUGUUGCUGAGUCGCUGUCGAGGUUGGCCAAACAACUCCACGCCAUAAUCGCUGCCUCUGUCUCCAUAAAGUCAUCCCAAAAACUUAAGAAAAUCCUGGAGAUCAUCCUGGCCCUUGGGAAUUACAUGAACAGCAGCAAACGAGGGGCUGUGUACGGAUUUAAACUGCAGAGUUUAGACCUGCUCCUGGAGACCAAGUCGACGGACCGCAAGCAGACGCUGCUGCACUACAUCUCCAACGUGGUGAAGGAGAAGUACCAGCACGUGGCCCUGUUCUACAACGAGCUGCACUACGUGGAGAAGGCAGCAGCAGUGUCCCUGGAGAACGUCCUGCUGGACGUGAAGGAGCUGCAGCGGGGCCUGGAGCUGACCAAGCGCGAGUACACCAUGCACGACCACAACACCAUGCUCAAGGACUUCAUCCAGAGCAACGAGGGCAAGCUCAAGAAGCUCCAGGACGAUGCCAAAAUAGCCCAGGAUGCCUUUGAUGAUGCUGUGAAGUAUUUCGGGGAGAACCCCAAAACAACCCCACCCUCGGUCUUCUUCCCGGUGUUUGUCCGCUUUGUGAAGGCCUACAAGCAAGCAGAGGAAGAAAACGAGCUGAGGAAAAAGCAGGAGCAGGCCUUAAUGGAAAAACUCAUGGAGCAAGAAGCGUUGAUGGAGCAGCAGGACCAAAAGUCCCCGUCCCACAAGAGCAAGCGGCAGCAGCAGGAGCUGAUCGCGGAGCUGCGGCGCCGGCAGGUCAAGGACAACCGGCACGUGUACGAGGGCAAGGACGGCGCCAUCGAGGACAUCAUCACAGAUCUCCGGAACCAGCCGUACCGCCGGGCCGACGCGCUGAGGAGGAGCGUGCGCCGCCGCUUCGACGAGCACGGGCUGCGCUCCAACGGCGCCGAGCUGGCCAUGUGAGCCCCGUCCCGACCUUCUCCAGGGAGCACCACGGACCUUCCAGCCGGGGCCCCGCGCCGCGCUCGCCACGCCAAGUGCCUCCAACGGGAGCUCCCGCGCCGGUGCAUCCGAGCCGUAGGAUCGGGCUCGGUCGGGUUUCUCUGGACGCCGAGGCUCCGCAGGGUUUGUA